UCCGUCAUGAUCGCGUCAGCUGGCUUCUAGUUGCCCCACCUCUUCGGAAACAAGUCGUCCGCGCGCGUGUUUCCACUAGCUCGCGGCGGCUGCCCGCUCGAGCAGUCUUCCGUCCACUUCUCGUCUCCUCUGUCCUCGAACGCGUUCCCGACUCGCGGCCGUUCCCACAGAAAUCCGGUUCGCAGAAGGAUAACGACGGGAGAGGCCUGCGAUCGAUAAGCUCGCCAGCUUCGAGAUCUCGCUUGGAUCGCGCUCUUUGUUCCAGUCGAAGCUGCCAGUUUCCAGCCGAUCGAUCGGAUUCGGAUCGAACAGAUGUGAGGCUCAUCAGAGGGAUCGCGGCGAGAUCCAGAUCGAUGAAAGUGUGUCUCGCGUCCGAGUAACGGUGUGCGGCUGUGAACGAUGUGAGGAAGAGAUCUCGGCGCGAGAAAAUCGAAGGGGCGAUCGAUCGAGAUCGUGGAGCACCGUUGGAGGAUCGUGGAUGGAGAAGAUGAGCGGCAGAAGGAGAGUGUUCAGCGCCCUGGACGGGCUAAAGUGUGAUCGUGCGAUCGUAUGGUCGGUGUUUUUGUGGUGUCUGGUAUCUCUGCCUGCGAACGUCCACAGUGCCACCACGCCAGGGAUAUGCUCCAUGGACGGAUGCAACUGCACCGUGAAGGCGCACCGUUGGAUUAACGUCAAGUGCGUCUUCUCCGACGACCAGGACGUGGAGUUACUGGAGGGAGCCGUUCCAUUGGAGGCGAUGGAGGUGGAGGUCUCUCACUGCAGGGAGUUGAGGAUCCAGUCGGGCGCGUUCGCGGAUGGGGCGCCUGUGAAACGGGUGCACGUGUCCGGUAUCUACAGCGUGGUGGCCAAGAGGCAGGCCUUCCAGAAUCUCAGCGCCCCGAACACGCAUCUAGAGGUGUCCGAGUGCAACAGCGUGAUCCUGGAGAGCAACGCGUUCAGGAACUCGCGGGGGACGCUGAGCGUCUCGAUAUCGAGAUGCAGGAACGUCGGGAUCAAGCCCAACGCCUUCUCCAGGCUGCUCUGGAUCAGGGUCAGGGAGGUGCCCACCCUGGAGCUGUCUAGCAACGCGUUCAAGCUCGAGGCUUCUCAGCACGGCAGGCAUGGACCAGCGACAAAGAUUAUGUUCCAAAGCGUGAGAAUCACGGAGUUGCCGACAGCGGUGUUCCCAUCGGCGGUUGCGGAGGUGCAGAUGGACGAUAUCUGGACAAAGGUGAUCCGCAAGAACGCCUUCUGCGCCAUGACGAUCUUCAGCGUGACGAUCAGCAACGCGUCGAUCCUGGAGAUCGAGACGGGAGCGUUCAGCGAGCGGGCGUUAAUCCACAGCCUGGAGUUCGCCGACGUGAGAUUGAAGAGCAUAGAGAGAGGAGCCUUCCGGGCUGGCCACGACAACCUCACGAUACAAUAUUCAAGACUGUCCGAGGUGGAAACCGGCGCCAUCGACAUAUCCGCUGCCACGGUCAGCUUCAACAACAACGAAUUCCUGAACCUGCAUCAGGGUGCGAUCACUCUGCACCAAUGGAAUCACAUAGCCAUCGAUUACAACCUGUUCGUCGACCUGGAGACGGACGCCAUCACGGCUGAGGUGGACGCAACCUCGGCACCCAACUUCGAGUUCUCUUUCACCGGGAACCACGUGGAGAGGGCGAGACCGGGUUCGCUGAAGUUCGCGGCCAUCUCUCAACGAGUGAACACUGCCAGGGUCGGUAAUAAUCACUUCAAGGAGAAGUGCAGAUGCGGUUUGGACAAUUGGAUCCGUGACGUGACAGGCAAGAACAGCUCGGUGUCGUGGAUGAUGGACUCGAGCUUCUGCAUGGUCGACCAGCUCCUGGACAGGUGCUUCAAUCUGCCCCAGGGCUACAUGUCUAUGAGGAACUUCACGAAGAUCAUCUGCGGGCCUGGGGAUCACAUUCUCUGCGAGAAGCCGUCUGCCAAGCCGGAACCAAGUGUCAGUCCACCCAGUGUCGGUCCUCAUGUGUAUCCCAGGCACAAGGGCUACUUCGACGUGGAGAUGAGCGAUUCCGAGCAAUUGCAGCGCGAGAAGCGAAUCAUCGUGGUGAUCUGCGUGUUAGCUGUAUUCAUCGUGCUGGUGGUCAUCUUCGCUUCCGGAAUCCUGUACAUGCGUCGCAGUGGCAUCUGUCCGAAACUCACGUCCGGUCAUCUGAUGAAUGUCGCCAGUUGGCUGUCACCCAGCAGCGGUAUGACGGCUGCUACCUCUGCCAGGUCGAUAUCCAGGUUGAGCGUGCACGAAUACGCGGGUCUUCAACCGGAAACACGGAUUCUCGACGUGGAAACGCAGGCAGAGGCAACGGAGGAAGACGACGAGGACGCUGAAGGACUCUAUCCCUACACCGAGAACAAGGCUACGCAAACGUUACCGGAGGAGCUGACAGAGGAGUACCUGAGGGAUCUGAGAGAGAGACUGAACGAUCCUGAUAAUUACAAUCAAGCGAGAGACAUGAUAGAACACCUGUACGAUCUGAUCAAGGUGGAGGAGAGCUGCAACAAUAACAACGACAGGCAACCAUCAGGUAGGGACGAGAACGCUUACGACGUGAUUCGACCAAGGCAGAGGAGAGCCAGGGGUACCCCAAAGCCAUCCGUCAGCGUCGGCACCAAGGCACCCUCGUUGGAGAAAUUAUUACCCAGCGGAAUACAACCCAGGCCACCUCUGACGGAAUACACGCAACCUCGCGAUCAGAAGCCCACCGAGCAGAAUCACCUGUACGCCGAGCUACCCGGUGACGAGACCGUACCCAGCACCAGUCGACUCUCUCAGCCCAUCCUGGCCACCUUGGCUGGAAGAGCGCCGCAACCACUGCCCCCUGACGUGGUGAACGAUCACCUGAUCAACGAUCACUCGAAGCAACCCUUCUGCACCCCCAAGACUGAGAACCACAGGCCCCCGGAGAGCCCCAAGUUCGAGGCGCCCAGGAACCAGGGCAGACCCAUGAGCUUCCUCAAGGCCCUCGGCGAGAGUAUUCUCGGGGGAGCGAAGACCAGCAACAACAAGAGGCCCAACUCCCUGCUCUGCGAAUACGCCGAACCGUCCGACGCCACUGCUCAUCUCUACUCAGAGCUACCCGAGCCUCAAACCUCCACUCCGGCGAGCAAGAUGGCGAACAGGCCGCUACCCACCAAACCCGACCAAGAGUCCGCGAACAUGACGAGGGCAUAACGAACGCCUAUCGUCGAUUGUCUGUGAUAAUAAGUGCGCGAGAGUGGCAAGACUGCUACGGAGAAAUCGUGCUCUCUCGUUUCCUUCUCUUUCCUAAUCGUUGCUCCUCCGGCAACGAUGAACUCGUGCCUGAUACACGGACGUGUCACACUCGAGUUGCACGCAGCAGGAACAGUGCCAGAUUUGCAAGCAUCGAACACUUUUUACGAUACUAGUUUAAGGAGCUUUUGUAAAAAAGAAAAAAGAAAAAAGAUUGAAAGGAACCUUGUUCGACUUCGUCGCGUCCCUUGCUUUGUUCGCGAGGAACAAGCGAUCCAUUGGAGCGGCGAAAGACGAGUUCUAUUUAACGACUGGCCCCGAGACGCGGAUGUAUCAUAGAUUUAUAUAUAUAUAUAUUUGCUUCGUCAGGUAUUAUUAAAGGAGUAU